CUCCUAAUCUUAAACAUUUUUUCAUAUCUCUUCUCCAAUUCUUCCUAAAUCCUAUUCUUAACUCUCUACUCUCUAAUUCUCUUAUUCUCCAUUCUCCAAUAUAUUAUAUUUAUUAUUUAUAGUUUAUAUUAAUUAUCUACUUAUAUAAACUAUAAAUAGAUAUAAAUAGUAUUAUAUUACUUAUAUUUGUUAUCUAAUUAUAUAUUACUUAUAUAUUUAUUAUAUCUAUUAAUAUAGUUGGAAUUAUAUCUAAUUAAUUUGAAGUCAUUCUAUUACUCCCACCCGAAAGACCGAAAGUCCGAAAGAGGUACGAAAUUAUUCUAUUAUUUACACUUGUUUAAUUACUAGUUAAUUUGCUACAUUUGACUCUUGUUUAAUAGUUAGAUAAAUAGUUAAUUAGUUUUUUACAAUUUUUUAUUAAUUGCUACAUUUGACUCUAGUUUAAAAAAUAUGUUGUACACAAAACUAGUUAAUUCACUACUUAAUUUGCUAUAACUCAAAUUAAUAGUUAGAUAAAUAGUUAAUUAGUUUUUUACAAUUUUUUAUUAAUCGCUACAUUUUUUAGAUGGAUCGUCCUAGAUAUUCGGUUGAUAUGGGUAACCUCGAGCGCAACCGAACGAAAGAGCUUGCGAGGAAGAGAUCCCGCAAAGCCGCAAAGGUAAAUCACAUAUCGGCUCUUCAUCUCAAAGUCAAGAUGAUUUUGAUACGGGUUACGUAAGGAGGGAUGGGAAUGCGAUGACUGACGAACAACUAGAACAAGAAUUGCACCGACAUAAUUCCCGCUUUUUUCAAGACCAACCGAGGACCAUUGACGAAGAAGAGCUCGAGGACGAGGACGACGAUGUGGAGGAAGCAAUUCCGGAGAGCCACGACGACGAGGAGGAGGAGGGUGGCGGCAGCCAUGACGCCGACCAGGUAGCCUCAUCCCAAACAGGGCUGUAGGCCUGUAGUCCUCAACCGAGUGGAAGCCUUCAUCUCCUUGUAGGGUUUACCGUCUCUACUCUCUAACCUAGUGGAACUGUGGAAGCCUUUCAUCUCCUUCGUCUCGAGCCGUUGAGUUACCCUGACUGUGUUGGUGGAACUUCUAAUACAACUUUUACUUCUGGAGCAUCUAUGGAGUGUGGUAAUUCUGAAAAUAGGCCUGUGUCCAGGUUUAAGGUUGAUCUUAAAAAGAAGAAGCUUGAGAGUGGUCAGGUAGGAGUUAAAAAAUCUGAACUUGAUAUAUAUUUAGCUGAGUCCAUAAUUGAGGAAGAUGGGGACUUUGAUAUUCUAAGAUGGUGGAAGUUAAAUAGUGAAAUGUUUCCUAUACUUUCCAAGAUGGCUAGGGAUGUACUUGGUGUUCCCAUUUCCACAGUUGCUUCUGAGUCCACUUUCAGUACAACUGGUAGGGUUUUGGACUGUUUUAGAAGUUCAGUAAGUUGUAAAAUUGUGGAAGCCCUUAUUUGUGCACAAGAUUGGUUGAGAUUGGCUCACCAGCCUAUCUCAAUUGAAGAAAACAUCGAUGAAGUAGAGAGACUGGAAAAAAGUAUAACUUUUAUAGUUUUAUGUGUUUUCAUGUAUUAUUUGCUUAUUAUGAAUCUUCUUGUUUAUAUUUCAUAAUUCUAACAAUUCUCUUUGUUUGUUAUAGAAAUAAUGGAUGGAAAUGUUGGUGGUGGAACUGCUGCUCCUACUGGAUCCUCUAUUGUGCCAUUAAGUGUACAUUUUCUAUAUUUUUAUAGGGUUUAGGGUUGACAUUGCUCUUUCAGUUCAUAAUAAGCAUUCUGACUUCUGACCUAUAUGACAUGUUUGGUUUUUGCCAUUAUUUGGUUGUUUGGCUAUGAUGAAGCUUCCACUCAUUACUGCAUUUAGGGUUUAGGGUUGGUGUUGCUCUUUCAGUUCAUAAAAUGGUAAGUUGUAACUGAAAUUGUAGCAGAUGCCCCCUAUUUCCCCUUAUGAAUGAUAAAAAGCAUUCUGAGCUCUAUGAAAUGUCUGGUUUGUUUCAUUAUGUGCUUGAUUUUGAAUGGUGAAGCUUCCACAGUUCCACUCAUUACUGCAUAUAGGGUGUAGGGUUGGUAUUGCACUUUCAGAUGCCCCCUAUUUCCCUUGUGAAUGAAAAUAAGCAUUUUGAGCUCUAUGAAAUAUCUGGUUUGUUUCAUUCUGCCAUUAUGUGCUUGUUUUUCCAGUUAUGAUACUCCCAUAUGCCCAUUACUUGAUAUAUAUUGGAAAUGUUGGAAGCUGUUAAGUAUAUGUAAAUAUGUAAUACACAGUAUAGAUGUUUAAUACUUCAAUGCAAAUAUAUAUAUUGCAUGAACUGUGUACUAAUUUAGCUCAUGAACUGUUUUAUAUAUUGCAUGAACUGUAUACAUUACAUUUGAAUGAGUAUGAUUCUGUCAUUCUGGAAAGCAUGCACAUGCAGCCAACUGUCCCCGGACCCUUGUCCCUUGAUCUGAUUUUCAGGUUUUGCGGGGAAUCUUGAAGGUGUGGUAAAUGGUUGUGGAACUAUGGAAGUGUGGAAUUUGAAAUGUUCAAGCUAUGACCCUGAGUGGACUGCCUGAGUGGAUGUAUUGAUUUUGCUUAGUUGUAACUUGGAACUUUGCCACUUUGGAUGUUGAUCCCCUCCCUAAGCUACUCUGUUACUUGAUGACUUGUAAAUUUGUAAUUGAGUAAUUUGGUAAUUUGAAUAUCUGGUAUCAUAUGCACAUUUUGUAUGG